CUCUUCUACAAGAGAAGGCCUGGUUACCUUGUAAGUUCGCACAAAUUUCCAAAAUGACGGACAAAAAGGCCGGUAUUCCCAAUUAUGCACGCUUCGUUAUGGGCGGCCUAUCUGGAAUGGGUGCAACAUUCUUUGUUCAGCCACUGGACUUGGUAAAGAACAGGAUGCAGAUGAGUGGUAUCGGAGGAGCCACUAAGGAGUACAGGAGCAGUGUUCAUGUAGUGAUGAGCAUUCUUCGGAAUGAAGGAUUUCUAGGGGUCUACAACGGUCUUUCAGCUGGUCUCCUCAGGCAAGCAACUUAUACUACGACCAGAUUAGGGGUUUACACAAAUCUGUUGCAGCAUUUUAAAAACCCAGAUGGUUCUGCACCUGGGUUUUUCAAGAAAUGUGCUCUUGGCAUGACUGCAGGGGCAAUUGGCUCGUUUGUUGGCACACCAGCUGAAAUCUCACUGAUCAGAAUGACCUCUGAUGGAAGGCUUCCUCCAGAGCAGAGAAGAGGAUACACAAAUGUGUUUAAUGCUCUGUAUCGCAUGUCAAAAGAGGAAGGCGUUCUUACGUUGUGGAGGGGCUACAUUCCAACUGCCGUCCGUGCCAUGGUUGUAAAUGCAGCUCAGUUGGCCACUUAUUCCCAAGCAAAGCAACUCCUUUUAUCUACCAAAUAUUUUGAGGAUAACAUAGUCUGUCAUUUUGGAGCAAGCAUGAUCAGUGGGCUUGCGACCACUGUUGCCUCUAUGCCUGUUGAUAUUGCCAAGACCAGAAUACAAAAUAUGCGGAUAAUUGAUGGAAAACCUGAAUACAAAGGGACAAUGGAUGUUCUGGUGCGCAUAGUCCGUAAUGAGGGCGUGUUCGCACUGUGGAAGGGUUUCACCCCUUACUACUUCCGUAUCGGCCCGCACACCGUCCUUACCUUCAUAUUCCUGGAGCAGCUGAACAGAGCCGCAAACUACUUCUACGGGGGGACAUCUGCGACCAUGUAAAACAAAAGACAUGGUAGAGUUGUAUUCAAAAGACCUAGAACUUACAAGUACUAUCCCGCGAUAUUUUAACCUCAUUGGCCCAGUAUGCUUCUAGUUAACCCCUGAGCUAUCAUUGGAUCAACACAAAAUAUAUCACUGUUAUACUCCAGGAAAAGGAGUGAAUAAUAGGUUAACCAAGAUUUACCUCUUCAAGAGAUAAAGUAAUCAUAACAGUAAAAUAUUUUGAAUGUGAACUGUAGUAACUAUUGUCCUGGGCUUCAGGGCCGUAUCUAGUACGAUGCCAGCCUAAGUACACUAGAUUAAGAAAAAAUAUAAUGAUCUAAUUACACUAUUGUGAUUUUUUUUUUAUUUUAGUUAUACGUCGAUUCAGCGAUGAACUGUAGCUAAGCUACUCUUUUUUUCUCUCUAUCCAAAAAGAUAAGUGAGGAUUGUUGAUUUAUCGAUAUUCUCAGUAACGAUGAUUAAUAUAUGAAUAUUCUCCCACUGCUAAGCUGCUUUUUAGACUAAACCGGCAGAUUUUAUUAAAGAUGAUGGCAGUUGUAAGUAUAAUUUUAUUCCAUGCGCGGUCUGAGCCUAUGAAAAAGACAAUGUUACGCAUUUGUUCUUCAGUCGAGCACUUCUGCGCAAAGCACCUAUGAUUUUCAAGAUUCUCAAAAUGUCGCGAGAUAAAAGUGACGCGAAAUUUAGUGUCCAGAAAGUAAGGUGGUCAAAUUGCGCCGCCAUCUUAAUAAAUAAAAUCUAUGGAUUUCUUUGGGGCAUUGUGCUGUGUCCUUCCCACUUGGUACAGGUUUGAAUCUCGGUUCGAUUUAACGGAAAAACAUGACAUGACGCUUCGAAUAAGCCCAUUUCACAUCGAAUAAGGCGGAGAAUUUCUCUGAGUACUUAACUUAUAGCAAGUGCACUUUUUUAAAUUGAUGCAACUUUUUGUGUCAUUGAAAUUUGAGCUUUUCGUCUCUGAACUGUUACACAGGCAAUGAUAAUCAAGGAAAAAUUACCUUAAAAAGCCAAAAUCUGGUUAUGUUAUUUGUGUUUUGAAAAUCAGUCCGUAAUUCAAGGAACCUAUAGCCAUUUUAAGAAAUGGUGUCUUCUCUCUCUAUCUGGAAUUGCGUGUUUUCCAGGUUUUUCCGUCAUGUUUCUCGGUUCCGAUCUGAGUUGUGUUGGUUUGUUCUCGCCUUUGCUCUAAUGCUUUUAUUUCCUAAGUUAUUCGUUCCCCCCCCCCCCCCCCAAAAAAAAAAAAAAACGAGACGUUCGAUGUAUUUCAUCAUUCGUUUGUUGUAUUUCAUGGUGCAUUUGUGGCAUGGUUCCUUCCUGCUCUCCUAAUAAUUCAGUUUUUCAGCUGCAAGAAUAGGGUGAUUAGCCAAAAUCUGUUCUAUAUAUAGAUUAUUUUUAGGCUAGGGUAUCCGGAUAAAAUCUGAUAGAGUUCUUGUAUACCCUAGCCUGAUCGUUCGUUUCACUUAAAACGAGUGUCAAUAUAAUUCCGGCCAUCCAAUUUAAUUCCGACCUGCCCUUUCAAAAUGUGCGCCUCGCUUCAUUUCCCUAGUGAAAGGGAUCUAUCGCGUACGGCCCUUUGAAAAGGUGACAGUUGACGAGAUGCGCUGACGUAACCCCUUUCACAAGGGAUUUAACUGAAGGGGCCCUUGCAGUGUCCUUUCUACCCUAGUGGUGUGGAUUUUACCGUGUAACCCCUUUCAUAAGGUAUUUGCGAGUAUGGUUUUUGUAUUCAGUAUCAGUCUACUCAGUGCCUCGGAGACUCUGAAUUAUUUUUGAUUUUGUAAAAUCGGAAUGCAGUAAAUUUGGGAAAACGUUAUUAAAGCUAUCCCACCUAUAUUCUCAACCAGAAAUUAAUAAGCCAUUUGUACGUAUAUCCAGGCGACAAAAAAAAAAAAAUACUAGAGAGGACUUAAAAUCUAUUUAAAAAAAGCCUAGUGAAACUUCUAAGCGCAAACAGCUUAGAAGUUUUAUAAGGCUGAGCAAUUAACUUUAUUCGCUCUGUGCCUCACGACUCACAUGUUAUUUAAGAAUAACGUCAGGGGCGAAAUAACGCAGGGUGGGUCCCAGUUUAGCAUUCCUUGACCACGGAGAUCAAUUAAGUUCAGUCGGCUCAGGGCCCGUACCCAAGGGGCGAACGACCCCCCCCCCCCCCCCCCCCCCAAGCAUCAGCUAGAUCAGUCUGGUAUGUAGCCAAAUACGACAAUAAACAUCCCGUGGCAAUACUGCAAAGGCAUAAAAAAAUUCCUUUUUUUUCAGGGGAUGUUCAGAAUUUUAUCAAAGGACUCCCUCAGGGAAGAAAUUAGUUUUGCACCCCACCAAGAAAAAUGCUGGGUACGGGCCUGCGGCUCUUGUAAUAGGUCACUAGAUCCAUCUAGAAACUCUUUUUAUCCAAGGGGUCAUAGGAUCCGGAUGUUUACCUGCUGCAAGCUACAUAUUCUUUGUGACAUUAAUCUCUCUUUUAGUUAAUUGUUUAUAUAUAAUUCUAACUCGGCAGGCUCCCUGAAGUAGGAUUUAUAUCAUUAGUUUCCCUAGUGAUAAGAUGAUUAUAGCCAAUAUCUAUAAACCAAACACCUCACACGCACACUCCCGGUAAACACAAAACAGUGGAGGAAUGAUAAAAAGGAGGACGAUUUCCCACCGGCUUAUAUACAUACUUACGAAAACGUCUUCAGUAAAUGUUCCAAUUAAAGCAGAAUGAACAUGUUGUUUGUUCAUUUUUUUUUUUGCGUUGAUUUUGUAUUUUAAUAUACUAAUAGAAAAGCUCAGUUCUAAUACGUCAAACAAAGUGCGUCAUUGCAACAUAUAUUGAUAUAAGAACCUCUAUAUUGAUAUAAGAACCUUUAAUAGUUGCGUUUAGUUGUUGAUAUUUGGUUGUUAUUUUUUAUGCUUUUAAUAAGUGUUAUGUCUUUGAAUAAGUGUUAGUUAGUGUCGGGCAAUUUAAGGAAAAAUUAAUUUUGAAGCUAGCUGGCUUUGUUGUUGCAAAAAGCACAAUCAAUAUCUUGCAAAGGGUCUUAUCAGCGAAGUGUGUCGCGUAUGGCGAAGUUUCUUUUGUUGAUAACCAAAAAUAGAAGAAAAAGAACGCAUAAUUGCUAGUCGUUUAACAAACCGGAUCUCACGUCAGCGUUACUUAAGUGUAAAGCAGUGGUAUGCCCGCGAUGCUGUGGAUAUUGGUAGGACGCUGAUAUUUAAGAUGUGCAUAAACGCUUAGAUUAUGUCUUGAAUUAAAACGAUGUUCAUCAAAACAUGUUUUUCGCCCAAGCUUGCCAUUUUGGGAUUUCAGAAUUCUCUUUGUCAAAUGCGUGACUCUGAAAUCGUGCCGCUAGCUCCAAUCCCAGCACUUAGGUGCUUUGCCAAGUGCACUCAGGCUAAUGAUUGUUAGAACAGCGUUUAGUCAGACAGGAAAAUAUAUGAUCAGCUCAAAAUGUAUUUUCUUGUUUGUGAAAAUGAUUUCACAAAAAGCUGUUGUGAUGGAUACAAUACACUCUUUUUUAUAAGAACGUCAAGGCUGAGAUUUCACCAAAUUUUAAGAACAUGCCGAGGCUCAGAUAACAGCAAAAUAUUACUUUAUUAGUCUGAUGUGUUCUAAAAUGCAGUGUCAAAUUGUGUUUAUCAAUAACAACCUCAAAUAUUAUUGCUAUUGAUCAUUCUUCUAAUACCCUUCCUAAAUAUUCAGUGGGUACUAUAUUUUAUAAGCACUAUAAAAUUUAAGAGCAUCGUUAAGAACACUUUUAGCCUUAAAAUGCUGAAAAUUUGACGUUCUUAUAAAAAAAAAACAGUGUAUGUGAAGGACUCCACUGAAUAUAGACGGUCUUCAAAAGCUUUUUCAGGAUGCGAGAUUCGUUUUUUUUUUUUUUGCGAUCGGUUACGGGAUUCUGGAUAGAAAUGCUGCAGGGAUCGGGAUUAAGGGAAAAUGAUUCGGUGGAAGGGACCAUUGGGCUAUUGUGGAAUCCAACUUAGACCCUUGUCAUAGUCGAAUGGCCAUCAGAGCAGUAUCGUAUAUGAUUGAGCUUAUUUACAGACGUCCUCGGUACUUCAAUGAAUAAAAAAAACUGGGAAUAAAUUGAGUUUACAUGAUAAGCUCACUCUGUGUGUUUUCUGAACAAAGUCGACUUUCUAAUAUCAGGUCGCCGGGCCGUUGUGUAGACCAAAUGGAAGGCACAAAGAUUCUGUUAAACCAGCGCCAUCAUCCUGAUAAUUCUGUGUAAACGAAGAAUGACAAAUGGUAGGACUUACACCGAUCCUUCUUAUGGGUAUUGAUAGCUUUCGAGAAUAAUGAUCAUAGGUAAACUAUGUAUCCAUAUUUUUAUUUUUUAGUAAAAAUAUGACAAUAUCUUUCAAUAGUAGAACUGGCAAUUUGGCAUUUGCUAUUUGCAAUGUUAUUAUUUGAAAUAGGUGCAUAUAGUGGUUUUCAAAAACCCGUGAUACUAUUUAGUUUAUUUCGUACUAUGACACUGUAAUGUAUUUUUUCUAUUUUGUUCUGGCUUGACUAUUACACUUUAACAACUACAUUUUGUUCCACGGGAUUUUGAAAACCACUCUACUAGUAUUUUACAGCUUUUAUUAAGAACAUGUUAGUUUAGGUUUAAUUUUUUAUGUAUAUUUGUGUGCAUCCCUAUAAGGGCGGGUUAAUAUUUGGAACCCAAUAUGGUCAUCUAUUUACAAAUCAUCACACAAUAAACCACUUGACGUUGAAGAGGGCAUCAUCUAUUUUCCUUGUUCUAUUUUUAUUUUAUUCAACCGUCUGUAUUGGUCCAAGCAAGGGAAAUUGACUUAAGUAGCACGUGAUAUAUUCUGUUGUAUUUUCUGUUUUUAUUUUUUAACCAUCUCUUGACUGCGACUCGAUGAAACAUCAUUGCCGUGUUAACUUCAUGUGUAGUGCAUUUAUUGUAGUAUGUAUGUAAUCACCCUCAUCAUCAAGAGUAAGUCAACAUUAAAUUUAUUGCACAACAUACCUCAUGAAGUUGUUCAAGAGGUUAAAUGAUUAAUUUUCCGUAUUCUAUUUUUAUUUAUUCAACGGUUCAUAUCGGUCAGAUUAACAAGGUUAACAAGUUUAGUGAAAUGGCCAAAGUACCGCAUGUGUUGGUGAUAUAUGUCACAGAUCUCAUUCACAUUGAUUAACAGUAAAUAGCUAAAGAAAAAGCUAAUAAUUAUGUAUUUCGUUAUAUAUUGAUAAUAUAUAGUGUUGAACGUGGGCCCAUGGAAUGUUCAACACGCCCUUUCCCAUAUUGACUUCUCCUUGACCUUAGUGACAUUAAACGAGAGCCCGUCAGUUCAAAAAUGAAAACUCAGCACUAAGUGUGCGAAGUUAAACAAUUGAAAGUAAUAAAUAUCAAUUCAACACAAUAAUGUUUGGAGUAUUCACGAAUCUUCUAUACCAAGACGAAUUUCUUUUUUUUUUCUUUAGUUAUUUAUUUUAUUUUUUAUUUUUUUACAAAAAUAUAAACAAUUUGAGUAACAGGAAUAGCUCUUCAAAGUAAACAGGAUAGCAAAACAGGAAAAUGAGAAACGUUCUGUUGUGUCCAUGCUUAUCCUGGCGCGUUUCAGUCUUUGUUACCAAACCAAAUAAUCGAUAUCUGAACGGUAGCGUAGAAUAGCGUCUACAUUGAUGAUUCUGUUCCUGCCUUAAACUUGUGUCUUCUAACUAAUGUGAAUUUGACUCGAUGUCGAUCGGCCCACCGAUAUAACUAUUGUAACACAAGGCUACAUGACGUAAAGGAAUGAAAAAUUGGCUAAUGUAACGACUUGAACACUGUUUUCAUCUAUAAGUCUUAUAAUAACGGACGUGCCUUCCCUAUAUUGCUCGUUCUAAGCACUUAAAUUCUUAUGCAUGGUUCUAGAAAGCGGCUGACAUGGUGGAAUGUUCUCAGAUGUUGAUAUUGAGGUUUCAAUAAGAUAAUAUUUCAACCAUUAUACCGGAAAAUGGGCGUGUCUUUGAUAUCAGCUUCUAGGGGAUCUGUGACGUCACGCACAAGGGUAUAAGAAAUGAGCGCAGUUCAGCUCUCUAUCACUUCAUCUUUAGAGUUCAGAAGAAGACUUCAAGAAAACUCAACAAGAAUGAAAUAUCUUAUCGGGAUCGCCGUCUUCGCGACGCUUUUCUAUGCUGCAUAUGCAGCACCUCCCUGCACCCACGAGGGAGAGAUGUUCGCAGAUACCCAAGGAAACUGCAGUGUCUACGUGCAGUGUGACGCUGCCCUGAACCCCAUUCGCCGACCGUGCGCACCAGGCACCGAGUGGAGACAGCAGGACCACAUCUGUGUCCACCCUGAACAAUCCGACUGUUCUCCUACAGCUGGUUUCUGCGCUGGCAAGAUUGCCGGACACAACUACGCCUGGCCCGGGCGCAACACGGCUAAUGGCCUGUGCCACCGCUAUUUGGCAUGUGUAGGGGGAGUUCACCCAUACAAUGUGAUCUUCAACCCAACGCCGAUGGACUGCCCCGCUGGGCUGAACUUCAAGGAAACUGGUCCUUAUGGAUACUGCACCUAUGAGCACGACGAGCCCUGUCCACCUGCUCCAUAGAAAUAGAUACCUUGAUCUUUUUGUAUCCCAAGGACUCUGUAUUUUUAUCCAGGGACCAUUGUACCUUGGCACUUGUAUUUUAAUUCUAGGAUCGUUGAAGCUUAAAUUUUGAUCCUCAUAAGAUGCCGAGCAAGAAAUAUUCUAUACUUCGUGGCUAUAGUAUAAUUCUCUUCUCAUUUAAUUUGUAAUUUCGUUUAGUCUCUGCAGAAAGUAAACAUACUUGGUAUGGAAA